CUGGUUCAGCUGAAAGCUACUGCAACUCCCAGCAAAUUAAUAACACACACACGCAGAGAAAGAAGAAAACAGUCUGCAGUCGUGCAGAGUAGUAUGCUAGCAGGAGAGUCACAUUACACCCUCCCAAAGUAAGAAACUGCACAGACCUCGUAAUUAAUUGGAGACAAAAGAGGCUUAUUUAGUUGUAGGGUUUUUAGCACAAGAGAAACAUAUCUUAACUGACAGGAGAGGAUCCCCCCCCCACCUACCUGCCACCCAAUCUUCCCAAUCAUUUCUUGAUAAAAGAAAAAUCCGAACUUUAACAGAUCCUUUUGGACAAAAAAAAAUACAGUUGGACCUUUACGGAUUUGUUGCUGUGAUGAUGUCGUGAUUUGUUUUUGAUUUGUAAAAGUCUUGAAGAAUUUUCUGGAGUAAAGGGGAAAAAAUGAGACAACUGUUAAAACUGCUAUUGUGGCAUUUCCUGCUGUUAAAAGUGGAAUUUGCCCUUGCCUACACUAAUGUUCCUGCAAAUGGACAGAACUCAGACAGUGUUGUGUUGGCAUACCAAAACAUGUCUGCUCCCGCUGGGUCGGAAGUUGUACUGCAGUGCUAUAGUCAGCGGAUAGUAUGGACGCAGGACCGUUUGAAAGAUCGUCAGCGAGUGGCCCAUUGGGACUGGUUGUCAAAUGAAGGUGAAUACAAGUUUGAUCGUGUCCUCGAUAUGUUCUCAGCAGGUGAACAGCGGCUUUAUAAUAGCCAUGAUCAGGGACGGAUAACGAUGUCACCCUCUGCUUUCUCCAAUGGAAACUUCUCUUUAAUAAUAAAAGACGUUAGGACAAGUGACCGAGGAAUUUACUUUUGUAAUCUCCACCAUCAUUACUGUCACCUUUAUGAAACCGUCAAAAUUCAACUUAACAUCACCAAAUCAGCAAGGAAGGUGAAGAGAUUUUGGGAUGGAGAGAAGAUAGUGUUGGUGGCAUUACUUGGUACUACUGUGGUACUGCCUUGUGAAAAUUACGACUCGAUUUGGGCAGAGAGACACAGUGAAGAGGAGCAGCAGGUAGUCCAUUGGGACAGGUCACCUCCGGGUGUGUGGCAUGACCAGGCUGACCGACUGAUUGACCUCUAUGCUUCUGGGGAACAACGAUCUUAUGGUUCCCAGUUCAUCAGGAAAAGAAUGAACAUAUCAGAGACUGCAUUCAAAGAUGGUGACUUCUCGCUGACCAUUUCUAACCUUCGCUUCAGUGAUGAAGGAGUCUAUUCAUGUGAUUUGCAUCACCAUUACUGUGGAAUUCAUGAGAGACGCAUCUUUAGACUUUUUAUUACAGAACCAAUCAAAAGGAACGUUACAUACAAAACAUCAUCCACAUCAGUUGAAAUCCCAAAAGUCAUCAAUGUUUUUAUUCCGGAAUAUUCUUCACAUUUACUUCAUCAACUUGGAUAUGUCUUGGCAACACUGCUGCUGCUGGCCAUAUUGAUAACCAUCAUUGCUCUGAUUACUCGCCGACAGAAAAAGAGAGGUCAUCAAUAUAAUGUGAAGAUGUCUCAACCCAGGAGAACAGAAGUUAAUGUCAAUGAUUUUGUGAUGGACACUACUGACCUAAGACCAAAGAAAAAUGAAGAAAUGAAACUUGCAGAUUACAAGAACAACAUACUAAAGGAGAAGUUUACGUUGUCCAGAGAGAAGGAGGAGCUGCACAGUGAUGUUCCUCCAAAGAACUUGGAUAAAGACUUUGAGAAGAAAUACUGGAAAUAAAGAAAAUGAUGCUGCUGGCUGGAUCCAGAAGCUUAAAAGUGAAGGGCUUAUAUGAGGAAAUAAGUUGUCUUUAAUCAAUAUCCUUCAAUUAUACAGCGCUUAAUUAAAGUAUACAUAUCAGUGGUACUAACACAAAUUUCCCAAACCUGUGCAGUAGAUUUUGAGGAACUACAACCUGAAGCUACCUUAUCAGGAAUCUUUUGUUUAUCCUACAGAUGUAAUUCCAGAUUUCCAGUGGGUUUAAUAUGAUGUGGGAGAUGAGGACUACUAAAUAAUAGCCUUACUAUUGUUGGCUAAAAGAGGAGCAGUACAUUUCUUAGGAGCUUGUCGGACAAAACUAUGUUAGCUGGGAAAGGCUAGAAAUUUUGAGAGCACCAAAAGUGCUGCUCCUUACAAAAUUGUUGGUUCUGAUUUCACUAGAAAUAAAGGAACAAUCACCAUAAUCCAGGGCCUGCAACAACAAAGGACUAUUACUUUAGGUCUGUCAGUAGAAGAAGCAACCAACUUGCAUUUGGCAACAGAAAAUGCUGGAAGUAUUCAGUACAGAUGCUGCCUGACCAACAAUGUGUCACAAGCACAUUUUGUUUCUAUGUCAAUUUUCUAGUAACUGCAGUGUUUUGCUUUUAUGUUAGAGUUAACAUCAGCAUGGAUCUCUAGAUGUGUGAGCUCCCCAUAACUCUCUCUCAUAUUCAUCAUUUUCCCUCCCCCACCAUUUUCAAUUUUACAAUUUGUCUGCUCCGUCUCCAUUGUUUUCUAUACUCCAUCUCCAAUGCUGAAUCAUAUCUAUUCCUCCAACUCAAGCUGUGUUAUUUUCUGCUUUAAAUUCUAUGUUGAUCCUCUUAUUUCCAAUCACCUGUUGUAGCAAAUUCUUCAGCAUCAAUCGCAUAUGACUUUAUGUAAAUCUUAGUCUGUUCAUUCCUCUAUCACUAGCCUCCUCAGUUGAUCUCUCAUCCUUCAAUGUAUCUAUCCAUUCAACUUGUGCUUCAGUGAAUCUGACCCUAUUUGGAAUCACUGCUAUUAGUCUAUCUGCAUUUCAGAGAGUACAUCUCUGCCCUUAUAAUGUUAUAAUGUAAUCACUUCCUUCAGUACAUUAAUCUCACUGUUUUGUUCUUUAUCUUGAUAUCUGCGUCAUUCUUACUGGCCAAUCUUUAAUUUCUUUCAAAAAUGAAUUUUCUUUCAAAUAAUCAUUUUUUCCAAUCAGGAAUCAAGUUGUAAGUCCUGGGAAAUGUUCCAAUUACUAAAAUAUGCUGCACAAAAUUGCAAUAAUUGUGAUAACUGACACAGAAACUUUUAUUCAUUAUAUACAUUUAUACAAGUUCAACAGUGUGUGAUAAUUAUUCAAUGUAUUUGUCUAAUUUUAUACAAAGUUGCCAUUUCAAAAUUCACAUUGCUAUAUCUCUGUAACACACUCAGUUCACAGAGUUACUGCAACAGUACAGAUUUCAUCUUAACCUUCCAUCCCUCACUCAGUUGUGUUUGCAUUUGAAUCAAUGCUGGCCUGUAAAAAUUCAGUCCAAGCUCACCCUGGAGAUAGAUCUUGCAGGCCAAGGAUCAGCAAUGUUGACCUAGGAAUACAGGGAUCACCCUGGGUUACAUGUCACAGCAUGAGAUCAAUUGUGAUGAGCCUGCAAUCUUCAGUAGAUGUAUAUUCAUACAUUCUGUAUGACAUCAACUGUGGCCAAAAAAAUUUUAUAAAGAUAAUGAGAAGAAGUGAUUAUUUCCAGAACAAGUAUAAGCAAGGCUGGUGUUAUAAAACCAAAACAUUGUUUAGUCAUGUAUUCAUACAUUUUUAUUCUAAGCACCUGAUUUUCUUUUAACAAUAAAAAUUGAUGUGUUGAAUAUGUACAUGACAUUUAAAAAGAAAUGGGUUUACAAGAUUAGAUAAUAUUGUUUCAAAGUCAAACAUUGUCUUCAGAAUUAUUUUUAAUUGUUGUCAAGCUGGGACAGGACCAAGAUCAGGUUAGAGAAAAAGCGUCAUUAAGAAAUUGGCACAAAGCUUUGUUUUUAUAGAUUGAGGAAAGCAAAGAGGAAGGGUGUGAAGGGUUCCACAGUUUUGAAGUAUGGGGAAAAUGAGUUAGAGCAAGAAAUGAAGUGAUGGCUCUUGAUUUCAUUGAAGGGAGAAUAAUGGAAAAAGAGCAGGGAAUAUUCAUGUAUUCAUGCUCUUUUUAUGCUUCUAUCAAAUGAUGGAGUUGAUGGCUAAAUAAAGCUGUAGCCAGUUGGCACCAAUUAAAUUGUUGAGACCAUAAUAACUUGGAAAUUAUGCAUCAAAACUUCAUUCGUCAUAACCUUGCCAGUGUAAGAAAUUUCAGAACUCUGAGCCAACAAGGACUUGCUUUAUCAGAAUCAGGGUUUAAUAUCAAACAAGAGAAAAUCUGCAGAUGCUCGAAAUCCAAGCAACACACACAAAAUGCUGGAGGAAUUCAGCAGGCCAGGCAGCUUCUAUGGAAAAGAGUACAGUUGACAUUUCGGGCCGAGACUCUUCAUUCUGAAGGUCUCGGCCUGAAACGCCAACUGUACUUUUUUCUGUAUAUGCAGCCUGGCCUGCUGAGUUUAUCCAGCAUUUUGUCUGUUGCCAGGGUUUAAUAUCACUGGCAUAUGUCACGAAAUUUGUAGUUUUGCGGCAGCAGUACUUCGCAGUACAUAAUAACAAAACUAUAAAUUACAGUAAGAAAUGUGUGCAUGUGUGUGUAGGUAAUAUAUAUAUGUACACACACACAUGCACACACAUUUCUUACUGUAAUUUUUAGAUAUAUAUAUAAAGUAAAAUUGAAUUAGUGCAAAGAUAAAGGGGAAAAAUACUGAGGUAACGUUCUUUGUCCAUUAAUAAUUCUGAUGGCAGAGUGAAAGAAGCUGUUGCUGAAAUGUUGAGAAGCUCUUGAUGGUAGCAAUGAGAAGAGAGCAUGUCCUGGGUGACGUGAGUCAUUAAUGAUGGAUGCCACCUUUUUGAGGAAUCGCCCAAUGACUUCACCAUUCUCCACCAAAACAGGAAAGCUCAGUCUUUUAAAGGCUGAGGAGGUGGAGUAUGCUUUAUAAUUAACUCAUCAGGGUGCACAAACAUAGUGGCUUUCUCUCAGUCCUGCUCACCUGACCUGGAAUAUCUCGUGGUCAAAUGUUGUCCAUUUUAUCUGCUGAGGGAGUUUUCUGCCAUUUUCCUGGUAGUGGUGUACAUUCCACCUCAGGCCAGCAUCAGGCAAGGGCUGGAACUGCUGAGCAAUGUAAUUAGCAAGCACAAAACUGUGCACCCUGAUGCCUCUUUUAAUAGUCCUUAUGGGCCAAGCCGUGCCAAUCAAGGAAACCUGCAGCUUAUACCAACUCCAAUUACCACCCUAACUAAUAGCAAAACCUAAUGUAGAAUUUGGGGAACUGUAGUAGUAGUGGGAAGGAAGACGAAUGGAAACGAACCAAGAUAUACUUAUUAAGCAGGAAGAUUUCAAAUGUGAAAACAUUGAUUGUGCUGAAGGCUUUUCACAGAAAGCAUACAGGGCAAAUAAGAUGGAAUAUGUUCUAGUUCUGUACAUUGCUGUUUUCCUAGACUAUAGGAGUGUAUUCAACUGUUCCUUGUUCCUUUAACCUAUUUCUUUUAUUUCAAACAGUUAUUCUACUUUUAGUUUUUUUCUGCAUUAGGAAAUUAUGUGAUUUAUAUUUUUGUUGUCUGAUAUUCAACUGCUGUCUAUGCUACCAGUACCCUGUCUGUUGUGCAGCAAAACUUCAGCUUUACUUUGCAAACUGACUGGUGCAGCUAUUGCAAUUAAUGUAAUCUGGGCUACGAAGCAUGGAUAUGAAAGGUGUCACUCUGUAUUUUAUUCCUACUUAAUAGCCCAUAGAAAUUAUCAUGAGUUAGAUUCCAAGAAAAGUGUGCAAAGUGCCAGUUUAAAAAUGUUGGAGGUAGUUGCCUUCCCUCCAACCAAUCAAAUCGUGCUGUUAUUAUAUUCUAAUCUCAAAUGCAUUGUAAUGUAUGUGUGUGUAUAUGCUGCCCUGAUACUGUUCUAAAGAUGCUGUUAAAUGAGAAAAUGUCCAUGAAUUUAAAUAAAAUGAUAA